UGUGUCUUAACUUCGGAAUGGCUUGCACCAAAUCAAUAACAUAAAUAACAUCAAAACGCAGACAAACCUUCGAUCGUCAAACAAAUUGGGGCCAAAAGAAACACUUCCAAACGUCAAACCCUAUCAAUCAGAUGGAACGAUGUUGUGGAAAUUAGGGUUUGAAGUUUCAGAUUGAAAAUGGUGAAUUUUCUCAUCUGAGGUUUUCUGCAAAAUUCAAGGUUCUGACAAGUGAGAGGAACUUCGAAGAUAAAAUGGUGCCAAAUCAAAAUUUUACUCGAAUUGACACAUUAGAGCUAAAAGCUCUUAUUGUUCGAAGGAUUGGCCGCCAGAAAGCAGAAAAGUACUUUGAUCAGCUGAAAAGAUUAUUUAGUUUGAAGCUUAGUAAGCGUGAGUUUGAUAAGUUUUGCCUCUGGACGAUUGGAAGAGAGAAUAUCCCUCUUCACAAUCGACUAAUUGGUUCCAUUCUUAAGAAUGCUUGCCUCUCCAAAGUUCCUCCAUUGAAAGGUAGAAAUGUGGGUGUGCCCAAAGAUGUUAAAGUUGCUAAUGGGUAUCAGAGAAACUGUCUGCAGUCACUCUAUGGAGACGCAUUUCCUCCAUCCCCUCGCAAGGGCAGGUCUCAAGUCAAUCGGGAUCGCAGGUUUCGGGACCGCCUGAGUCCUCUUGGGCCAUUAGGAAAGCCCCAAAGUGUUGCAUGUGAGGAAUUGGCUUCCAAGGCACAAGAGCAGCAAAGUGCUACUGAAUUGCUUUCUCUUGGUAGCAGACCUCCAGGUGAGGUGGUUUCCGUGGAAGAUGGGGAAGAAGUUGAACAAUUGGCCGGGAGCCCAAGCGUCCAAAGUAGAAGCCCAGUUAGAGCUCCUUUUGGAAUUUCUAUGAACAUGGGUGGUCGUAAGUCUCUGUGUAAUGGAUCUAUCUGCAAUUAUCAUCCCGAAACCUGUCAUAACAGCGGUGAGCUACCUGAUACUGGAUCUCUCAGGAGUCAUUUGGAGCGGAAGUUGGAGAUGGAGGGCUUUGGUGUCUCGAUGGACUGUGUUAACCUGUUGAAUAAUUCAUUGGAUGUGUUUCUGAAGAGAUUAAUUGAGCCUUGUCUGCAAUUAGUGGGAUCCAGAUGUGGCAAUGAGCACUUGAGACAACUAAAUGCCCAAACCUUGCCUGGUAUGAAUAGGAUUUUACCUGGAAGAUAUAUUCAGAAGUCGAGAAAACCCAAAUAUGCAUCCGUGUUGGAUUUUCGUGUUGCAAUGGAGUUGAAUCCCCAGAUUCUUGGAGAAGAUUGGCCUAUACAACUUGAGAAGAUUUGCUUGCAUGCUUCUGAAGAAUGAACAAAACUUAAUAUCUGUGAUUCAUCAGAUGAUGAGAUCAUGAAAAAUUAGUUUGAGAGCACAUUAAAUUGGCGACUUAGUGUUUUUAGGCAAAUAUUCACUCAAGUGAAUUUCAACCUCGCUGGUAUGCAAAUUCUACAAGCAUUUUCAAAGGGAAUAAAUUGUUAAUGCUGUGGGAAGCUUCAAUCCAGUUAGGUGGGAUGCAUUUAAAUGUUAGUGCUGGUGGGAAAGGGGCCCUGUCUAUACAGUAAAAUGUAAACAUCUGAAUACAAUUAAGAACCUCACUGUUUCAAGAGUUCAAAACCAUUCUUCAAUUGAUAUCUGUUUCUGUUAGUUGCUGAAUUUUGCUGUGAAAUAAAAGAUUAUUUAGUUUCAGAUUGGCUACAAUCAA